UUCUAGCUCCUCCCACGAUAUGUUUUGUGGUGUAUCUCUACUGCUGCUUUUCUGCAUGAUAAUGCUCGAGAUACGUGGAGCGCCUAUUCGUCAAUCCUCAGAAGACUAUUCAUCCUCUCCGUUAACGUGGCCUUAUGGAGACUCAGGCCCCUUCCAAACGGGGAACGUUCUUCCAAUUCGACUUCGCUGAACUCAGACUGGGCCGCACUGACGAGCCUCCAUCCCCCGGAGCCACCCACCCCGAGGAAAAUAUCAAAUAUAAAACCUACGACGGUGCUGUUGAGUUGUAUUUUACAGCUGGACCGAGCACAGAAAGUACCGAAGGAAACAAAAUCCAUCCUUACAGAUCAAAGAAGAUGGCACAUAAAGUAAAGUCAAAACAUUUUAUCGAAUCUAAUACUUUCUUAAAAAGUAAAAGAAAGGUAGGAUCAUUUAAGGAUAGUACCGCGGCCAGCGAAGGAACUGAUCAACUUGAAAAGAGAUGAACUGAUAAAAGCUGAUUUGAUAGUUUGUAGAUCAAGAUAAACUAAAUCUUUAGUUUUGUGUGACAUAUUGAAAAGUGAGAUAAGUGAAAAGGUUAGAUCUAACUUAGAGUUAAGAUGUGAUGUGCCUAGUGAAUAUGGUAGCUAACUAACUUUCUAAUGCUUAACAGAGAAUUCUCGUCCAGUCAAUCGCCCACUGAUCAGAAAUUUAAACCCCUACAGUUCCAGAAGUCUAGUUUCUCAUUCCCUGAAAUCAUUCCUGCUGCAGGAUGUGUAGGUCUGCAGCAAAGGAUGCCAAAUUUUGUCAGCUUACUAAAGUCACUCUGCAAUAUUGCCUUAACGUGCAUUUCUAAUGACAAAUAUUUGGUUACACCCCAUUUGUUAAUCCAGAUCAUUGCUCAAAAGGCCCUACUCCCAAACAAAAUAUUCGUUUCCAACAAGAAUUCUCUGAAAGUAGCGUAGCUGUAAUUGUAGUUGUCAAGAAAGACCGGAAACGAACGUGUCAACUGUCGGAAGAUUGUUUGAUUUAGAUAGAGUCAGUAGGUAAAUCUUAUUCUAUAAUUAAUGAUUGUAACCCAGCCCUCACUAAUAGAAUCAGUUUAGGGAGUUUAUAAAACUUAAGGUUCCUGUCGCGGGUGUAGGAAGCUUAUAAAACUUAAGGUUCCUGUCGCGGGUGUCAUGUCUACA